CACGAGACAUUCAGUACGUCUACCUAUAAAGAGCACCGCUUGUACGGACCAAACAUUGCUGACUUAUUGAUUUCAUGUGAAGGACGUGUCUUCCUUUGUCACAGCCAUGACUAUUUGAAUGGCAUUAUAAGAAGAGAAAGAGGUUUCCACUCCAAUCUGUAUUGUUAGUAAUGUGGUGCAUCAGAGAAGAAAAAGAAAAAGUCCAUCAAAAAGGGAGAAAAGAGACUCAUUUGUCAUGUCCACCAAACUUGCAAAGAGGCUGAGCAGCAAAAGAAAAAAGCUCCUAAAGGAUCUUGCCAAGUAUGAACUUCUCAUCACACUUGGCCUGGAGGCUUUCUAUCCUUCUCAACUGGACCCAGCAUCAAUACUGGACCUCAGUACCUGGACAUUGGAGAACCAAGACCCCCGAGAACCCAAGGAUCUGCCACAAUCAUUCCUUCAAAGGCUUUGGCUGCUUUGCCCAGAUGCUCGGAGUCCUUCCUGCAAGGCUCCUUCUGAUGUUAAUGGAUUAAGUCCUUGCGCCUCAGUCAGCCCUCUUGAUGUCGUGUCAGCUGUCUUUAUGUGUGCCAACCCUUUCCUCCAGCAGGAGAUGGCCGCGCGCAUGAUCCAGUGCCAGUUUGCUGUGCCCCUGAUACUUCCUCACAUGGAUGCAGAACAGCCAAGUAGCUUCCUCCUUUGGCCUUUGAGAGGUGUUGUGAAGCAGUGGCGGACUAAAGAUCGUGUCCAAGAAGCAGUUUUGGCAAGCACGUUCAUGCCAGUGAUCACAUGUGUGAGGCUUGGUAGCUGCGCGAUCUCCAAGUCUGAGGUGCUAAACCACAUCAUCGGUAGUCAAACAUUUCUUCACAGGGGGACGCAAGAGGGGGAAAAACCUCGAAGGCUUUCCAACGGUCUUGUAGAGAUCGGAUGGUAUCUUCCCACUGGAGACCCUACCGUAGACAUUUUCCCUGUCCCAGUGAUCUUGUCUAACCUCAGAGGAGAUGCAAGCAAGCACGAAAAAUGCCUCCACCUCCUCUGCCAAGCAUCUGCAGCUGUUGUUGUUUUAUGUAAAAAUCCAAAAGAGAAAGAAAAGCAACUCCUCUCUUCCUGCAAAGAUGUGACCAAGCUCAUUUUGAUUGACCUCUCAGAGACUGAAAUCACAGAGGACAGAACGGUGGGGUUUCUUGAUCAGAACCUUCAGGAGGAGCUGGGUCUUCCUGAUGAAUCAGUCCUGUCAGGAAGUUCUUUGCAUGCAGAGAACCUAGCAAAUGUACUGUGUGAUGCUAUUGAACGUUUGCUGCCAGACCUGAGACUUACGACACUUGAGGCAGCCGCCGAGUUAGCAGUGGAGCAGGGGCUUCAAUGUGAUGAGGAGACGCUGUGUAAAAAGUCUAUGAACAGAGCAGAGGAAGUUUUGAAACAUCUAGAUAUGGGACCUGCUCUAUUUAGGGAGAAACAGCUGCCUUUGCAGGGUGUUUCAUGGAGCAGGUUGGCUCAAAUUGGCAAAGAGGAAAGUAAAAAGAACAAAGGAGCAGAUCCACAAUUGCAAAAAGAAAAGACAGACAUCUUGACAAGUCUGGCCGGCUACAAAAUGACUCCAUCAAUGAAGAUCUUCACAGAUGCCCUUUUGAGCGCUGAUAAAGUAGAGAAGACGUAUUUCCUUUGUUGGAUGAGGGUGAAACUUAGACUGCUGCAAGUGCAACAGCAAAUGAAUCUGAAAGAUCUUCUGAUAAAGCAGCAGACAGAAGUGAACAAUGACAUUCCUGAAGAAUCUGUGCUACAAAAUGGGGCCAGUGACACUAGCGAUGAUAGCUUUUGCACAGAUUCAACGUUUGAGGAUGAGGAAGUCGAGCAGUUUAUAGAUACCCAUCUGGAAGUUCCCAAAUCGAAGAGUGGAGUAAGCUUGAAGCACAUUUUGCAAACCGAAAAGGACGAAGGAUCAGAGUCUCUGCACUUGUCAAGUGAACAAGAGUCAGUUGCCAGUGAAGAGAUUCUUGACAAUAAUAUCUCCUUAAGACCAGUGCUUAGAGAAAAUGGAACCUUUAGCGUUCAUGGGAAUGACGAGACUUCUUCUACCAAACAGGAAAUUAACCAAAGUGCGUCCAUGGACUGUCUGGAAGUAACGUCUACAGAAACAAUUCAACCUGAUCCAUUUUUUCUGGGCCUUGAGCACUUUUUGCGCGAGAUGGGCCUCAUUUUUGAACUCACCCACAUCCACGGCCACCACGUGCCGCGACUCCCAAAUGUUGCUGCUGACUUGCUCCUCAAUGGGAUACCGCUGGAGCUCAUGGAUGGAGACGCCUCAAACGUUCCUAUGCGCUGGCUAAGCAGCGUCUUUGCAGAGGUCAAACGACGCCUUCCUCGAGAACACUUCAGGACGCUAACAAGCCUCGGAGUGCAUCAUGCAAGGAAUGCUGAGAUUCUCUCAGCGUUGUUUAGCGUGAAAUUCCCAAGUGAAUGUAAAAGCUCUACAAGAGGGGUCUACCUAGUUGUCCUACGGCUGCCGUCUGAGCUCAAAAAGAAGCUGAACUGUGAUUGCCUCAUGCUCAUUGACGUCGAGGGUCUUUGCUCAACUCCUCCUGAUCCCAAGAACAACUGCCAGAUCCAUGAUAAUGAGAUGGCAACUGUUGCAACAGGACUGGGCCAUGUCUUAUUGCAAAAUAUCUACUCACGUGCGGCCUCUGAGUUUGAGGCAAGCCUCACCGUUGCAGUCAAUGCUCUACUGCGCAUCAGAGAAUGUGGCUCCAUGCCCAUCUGCAAAGUCUUGGUCCAAGACGAAGGAAUUAAUACCAUAUUAGAAGCUGCUCAGUUACAACGCAUAUCUGACAUUCUGCAGAAAGAAAAAGAUAAUGCAAUGACACAUAAUGCAAAGACCGAAACAUCAACCAGCUAUAUCAAGCCUUGGUACAAUGAGCCCCUUCCAGUUGAUCCACAUCACAGUGAAGCUGUGCUGAAGGUAAAGCGUUCCCUCUUCGGAGCACUGAAGGAGGCAGCACCUCAAUCACAAACAUUUGGUUUACCUGAAUUCAUGAGCCGUCUGAAUUGUGUUUGGCAGGCCGUCAAAGCAGAAUCCUUCUCUGUGAGUCUGCAAGAAACAGAGGUGGCCCUAGCCUUCUCUAUAUUUUGCACAGAGCUCUCUGAGUGGGAGGACAACCUGAUGGAACACAUGGAAUGCUGGAUUAAGAGCGCGACCAAGAGAAUCUCUUGCACCAAGCCAGAAGCCCUGGAACCUUUCAGUCAAACUGACCUUCUGUGUCAACUGAAGGAUGAAGCCAAAGAGGAGAUCAAAGUUGAAGUAAAUAAGCACCAGGCAAGAGUGAAGACCCAUUUGAUGGGAAACAAACAGCUGAACGCCCAUGUUAAAAUGCUCAAACCAAUCCUCACGAUUAGCAUGAAUGAGCUCCAAGAACGACUGGCUAAAACGAUGAUACAAAGGUUGGACAGAAUCAGUGAGAACCACUGUCAUUACUCUCAGCUGAACAGAAUAGAAAGCAUACUGGAAGAUCAGCAAAACGCCAAGCUUAAUGUACUGUUAGAGUGCAGUAAAUCCAAAAAUCAUCUCUUUGAAGACGUAGAACUGGAAGAGGAAUUUGAGGGCAUGUGGAAUAAAGUAUUGUCCACCUUUGACUUCAGGCUUUCGGAAAAAGAAGAUAUCGGCAAACGGGUGAUGAUUAUUCUGAAAGAUAACCUCAUCCAUCGCGGUCUCCAAAAGCACUUGAAUAAGCUCUCAGGCGUAGGCCAAAAUCAGAUGACAUCCUUCCGAGUGGAUGAUCAGUACUUUGGAUACCGCAGCAGAAUGAAACACAUGUUUGAAGAGAAAAACAAUCCACAGAAAGGAAAAGCCCAGGAGCUUGCAGAAAACAUCAUAGAGAAAUACAAAGAGUUUGUCGCGGAAAAAGCCGGUUUCCUGCAACAUUUCUCUGACAGUGCCAUCACUGAGCUGUUAGAGAUUAUUGAUAAAGCUUUGACAGAAACGCCACUGGAAACCAGGACGGCCUUCGAGGUGGAUCUGAAAGUCUUCCUGUGUAACGCUGCCUGCAAAGACUUCCAAAAACUCCACGAUCGCUACGCCAAGGAUGGAGAACUUUUAAGGACCAUUAACGCAAAAAAGAGCACACUAAUGGCGAAAUUCAUUUAUCAGUUCAGGAAACGAGACCAAAGUCAGAGGUUGGCUCAUCGAUUCUUGUCAGACAUCAUCACGCCCACGGUGAUGGACUACAUCUAUAAACCUCUAGGGAUGCAAAUUGUGGAGGAGAUCCAAAGUAGCGCCCCUCAGUAUCUGUCCCCGCAGGCUUUCCACAAGACUUUACUUGAGGAGCUCGUCAAAGAAGGCCAGUUUGAAAGCUUCAUGGAAUAUUUGUCGUCCUAUGAUGCCUUCAGGCAGAGGAAGGUCAAGGAGACCGUGGCCGUUCACUUAUUGGAGUCAAACGUAAACACACGAAGGCUCCAGCGGCUUGGCGAAAUCAUCGGAAAGAUCGCAGCAGCCGUGAGCCAAAUGGCAGAAGGCACCAGCGGAGUGCUCAGCGACACCAAGCCACUGCUGGAGAGAGUGUGCUUCACCCUGGAGGCAGACGGAGACGUAUGUGUGCCGUGGGCGUGCCUGAACGGGCCGUUUUACAGCAUCACCACGGAAUGGGAUCGCUUCAUUACAUGUUUCAUGGAGUUACUGGCAGGAAUGCGGUUGGAGCUGGCCCAGGAGUUCUCCCACAAUGUGGAUAGCAGCCAGUUGCUUCAGUGCCUUCCCAUUCAACCAAGCGACCUGCUCUUCAGCAAGGUGAAAGGCUGUGAUGCCUUGUGUCCUGUGUGCAGAACGCCAUGUGGAGUGGAGCAAACUGGACAUCAGGUUCACAAGUCCUCUCUCCACAGGCCCAAAUACCUGUGUCCUUCCACUUCUCUGUCCCAUAACAGCUCCCCCGAAUGUCUAACUCCAUCUGACAUGGACCCACAAGAUGUCGCUGCAUCAUGCUGGGAGCUCCAUGUCGUCCAUCCAGACUGGAAUAUUUCCCCUGAGGACACACCAAGUCCAUACUGGAGGUAUGUGUUAGCAACAAUUAAUGAAAGGUUUGCAAAGGAACAAAAGCAGCAGCCAGCAAAGAUUCCAGACGAGUGGAAGAAGAUCACACAGGAGGAGGCCUUGGACAGUCUAAGUCAGGGGUCUCAAACUUAAUUUGCCUGUGGGCCACUGGAGGUAGGGUCUGGGUGAGGCUGGGCCGCAUCAAGUACUCCACAAAAAAGUGUUUUACGUAUUGCAAAACAAAUAGAAAUGUAAAUGUAUAAUCUAUUGUAGCAUCGCUGGGAGUGCUUCCAGCUUCUUGUAAUAAUUUGCUAAAGUUACGUGUUUCGAUGUCAUGUACUAGUUGCUGUUUAUUAGUCCCCACAGUAAUAGCAGUUGCCCUAUGUGUGUUUACUUCCCUGUUACAUGGUGUGCUGGCGUGUUCACACUGUGAUUGUAGUAUUCUUCUGUCAAGUGGUGCUCGCUGGAAGUUCAGUCUUGGUUGUUGCUUGCUUCAUUAAAUAGCCUCUUCCUUUAAGCAAGCUGUAGUGCCUCUCACCAAGACUCAACAUUGCCACAAUAUAUACAGUAUAUAUAAUGUUAAUAUAAAACACCCUGGGCGUGUGGGCCACAUUACUACUAAGGGGCCACAAAAUAUGGGCUGUUUGAGACCCCUAUUCUAAGGCAUAACAUCCUUCUCAACGGACAGCUCUGAGAGCCAUCUUCAUUUCAUGUAUCACAUUUUAUUUAUUGCUAAUGCUUGGUGAUGGUGAAAGUCAUAUUAAAUGAACUUGUUUUCAUUUUUA